AUGUGGCAGAUAGCGGCUAAUCGCGGACCAAAAGCGACCUUGUACCUUCCUGAGACGCAGGUUGAUUCAGAGGAUGGACUGCCUGUUUCUGCUGUGCUAGGAUCGGCUCAUAAUACUAUUGUAUCAUGCACGUCGGUUCGGCCAAAAGCCUGCAAUCAAGUGACUGGGGAGGCGUACGACGUCAUCGGACUGACCGAGGCGAGACGACACCACCCACUGGACGCCGUGUAUGAUACUGGAGAAGAACUGUUCUUAGGAACAUGCAACAGUAGAGGAGUUGGUGGAGUUGGUGUCCUCUUCAACACGAAUGUGGCAAUAAAUAUCGACUCUUUCGAACAACUCACAACCCGAAUAGGACGUUUACGGAUGAGAUGUGGUCCAGUGCCAGCUUUGACAAUCUUCUUCACUUACGCUCCAACAACAAAGUACGAGGAAGAAGUCGAUGCUUUUUAUAUGGACCUGGAAAAGUUGUACAGAGAAGAUCAUACCUCCUACACUGUCAUAAUUGGUUAUUUCAACGCCAAAAUUCGCCCUAGAAGAACGCCUGAAGAACUUCACAUCGGAGCCCACGGCCUUCAACGGAAUGAGCAGGGAGAGAGGCUUUCCAAGUCAAUCAUUACGACCAAGACUAUUUCUGGGAACGCGCAAUUCCGGAAGCCUUCCUCUCUACGCUGGACGUGGGAAUCACCCGAUUGA